AUGUCUGCUCCAGCUGUUGCUUCACCCAAGCCUGCCAAGGCCUCCAAGCCUAAGACCGCCAAGAAGGCUGCGUCCCACCCGACUUAUUCGGCCAUGAUCCGCAGAUCGAUCUCGGAGCUCAAGGACAAGUCUGGAUCGUCUAAAGCUGCCAUCCUCAAGUACAUGCUGGCUCAUUACAAACUCGGCGAGAAUGUGACCAAGGGAGACCUGAAGCAGGUUAAAGGAAGCGGUGCAUCCGGAAGUUUCAGACUCGGAGAGAAGAAGGCCGCUGCUCCUGCCGCCAAGAAGAGCAUCACUAAGAAGCCCGCUGGUGCUAAGAAGCCUAAGAGUCCGAAGAAGAAGGCCGCUGCAGCUAAGAAGCCCAAGGCAGAGAAGAAAGCUAAGAGUCCGAAGAAGGCUAAGGCACCAAAAGCCAAGACCGCCAAGAAGCCAACGGCCAAGACAUCCAAGCCAAAAGCCACGAAGCCCAAGGCCUCCAAGCCGAAAGCAGUGAAGAAGGUCAAAGCCUAA